AUGAGCGAUCAGAAGACGGUAAGCUCUCCGAAUCUGUUUCGACCGUUUCUAAUGAAUUCCUAGUCUUUGCAGAGUAUCGGACGCGUUGUCGCCAGCGUCGUGGACGUUCAACAGACGAUUGCGCUGCAGUUUGACGCGCUUUCCAAGGGAUUGGAGGCGUUGAAGGUGGGAUAAUUGAUUCUCUUGUCGAACUGUAAUAAAAAUUAGUUGUAUGACCGGCAAAAUUAGGACAUUCAUCGAAAUAGCCUCCAGUUCCGUCGGCACCUAUUUUUCAAACUUUAUCCGCUUGAUUCCUAAUUUUAAACUUCACAAUUUUCAGCUCGAGCAGCAGUCGGGCAUCUCCCAGCUCCGCGAAGAGAUCCGCCGCUCGGACGAUCGAUCGGCGAAGCAGUUGACGGAAAUUUCGCAGCUGCACAACAAGGAGAUGGAGCGUCUGCACCAGCUGAUCCACACCCUUCUGCUCCGUGACGCUUUGCCCGUUUCGCUGGGACCGUCGCCACUCGUCCAACAGCAACAACAACAGCAGCAACAACAGCAGCAGAUGCAAAUGCAGUUCGCAAUGCAAAUGGCCGCUCAGGCUCAGGCCCAAAAUGCGGCCCAGAAUCAGGCGCUGGCCAAUCUUUUGAACGGCACCGGCAAUUCGAUCAAGGCUCCACCCAUGCCCCCCCAGGCGAUUCAGCAAGUCCUCGCUGCCGCCAACGCCACGUUCCACAAUCCUCAGACAAUUCAGCAGAUUCAGGCGAUGGCCCCGAAACCGUUUGCCGGGUUUUCGCAACCCUCAGUCCCCGUGCCGGCCGCUCAAAAGGUUAGAAUUUGAGGAAAAGCGAAACUUGCGAUAUUCCGAUCGGAUUCAAACUAUGCAGACUUUCUGGACCUGGAUUGAAAUAUUUUGGGUCAGAGUUUCAGACCGAUCGGAUUAUCUGGUCCCGAGAUGUAUUGGUUUGAGGCCGAAAAACAGAAAAAGAAACAGAUUUUUUCCUCAAAAAUGCAAAAAAAAAAUUGUCAAUUUUUGCAGCCUGCCGAAGUGACGAUUCCAUCAUCGAGCACAACCGCUCCAGCCGCCCCAGCCGCCCCAGCCGCCACGUCUUCUGUCAUUUCCGCGAAAACGCCUGAAAAAAUGCCUGUGCUGGUGCCGGAGAAGCCGAAACCAGCCGCUGCCAGCACUGGAUUCACGUUCGGCACCUCGACGAACUCGUCGAUCUUCGGAAAGAAGCCGGAGCCGGCGGCGGUCGUUCCAGUGCCGCCAAAGGACGAAGACGAGGAGGAGGAGGAGCAGGAGUACGAGCCGGAAGCGAAUUUCGAGCCGGUGAUCCCGCUGCCCGAUCUCGUUGAGGUGAAAACGGGCGAGGAGGGCGAGCAGGUCAAGUUCAGCAACCGCUCGAAACUCUACAUUUACGCGGAGACGAACGAGUGGAAGGAGCGCGGCACCGGCGACCUCAAAGUGCUCUAUCAUCCGCAGACGAAGAAGUGGCGGGUUGUGAUGCGACGCGAUCAGGUGACCAUUUCGGAAGAGACCGCCAAAAACAGCGAUGAGAUUUUCUGGGAUUUUCAGGUUAUUCAGGCGCUGUAAAUCUAGGAAAAUUAAACGUUUUUCUAAAAGCAUUGUUGCGGUGUAGUGUUUAUAGAGUACAGUUGUCUCCUACAGCCAUGGAAAUUGCCGAUUUAACUGAAAUGAAAAUCCGAUUUUUGUGACGCUGAGAAUCUGGGAAAAUUGACAAUUUUUCGACAAUUUUUGUGAAUUUGAAACGCUUUGCAGGUGCUGAAAGUGUGCGCCAACUUCCCGAUCGUCUCGUCGAUGAGCAUUCAGCAAAUGGCGAAGAACGAGAAGGCGUACACGUGGUUCUGCGAGGACUUCUCCGAGGAUGAGCCCGCCCACGUCAAACUCUCCGCUCGUUUCAGCACCGUCGAAAUCGCCAAAGAGUUUAAGGAGCUGUUCGAGAAGGCCGUCGAGGAGCACAAAAAGAGCGCCGGAAGCAUUGAAAAAGAGAUUAAGCCGGCCGAGAAGGUGAAGGAGGUGAAAAAGGAGAUAAAGCAGGAGGUGAAAGAGGAGGCAGAGGAGGAGAUCAAAAUUCCGUCGAACAACAAGGAGACGAACGGAUUCGGCGACAAGUUCAAACCGAAACCCGGAUCGUGGGAGUGCACGGCGUGCUACGUCUCGAAUCCGGCUGACAAGACCGAGUGCUCGUGCUGCGGGACCAACAAGGACGGAACCACCUCGACCACCAGCAUCUUCUUCAAGUGAGUUCGAUAAUCGCGUUUUUGCUGUUAAAAUAAGCGUUUUUCACUUGUUUCGAGCUUUCCAACGAAAAAAUGCCUAAACUGUCUACUUUUAGGCCCUCAAUCCUGCAGCCAGCUGCCGGAACACCGAAAGUCUCGUUCGGACUGGGAGCCGCCGCGGUCGCAGCUCAGCCGUCCACGACCGCCGCAUUCGGAGCCUCGCUGAACGGAUCCCCGGCGCCUGCGAACAGUUCGAUCUUCGGUGGCGGAACUCCGAAAGCCACGUCGCUGUUCGGCAGUGCCUCCACGACCACUCCGUCGUUUUCGUUCAAAACGGCCUCAGCGGCUGGAGCCGCCUCGACGCCCACGUUCAACUUUAACAAAACGGCCUCUCCAGCAGCUGCCCCGGCUCAGGGAAAUGCUCUUUUCGGUGGUGGAGCUGUGAAAACGGCCGAAACUUCGGCUCCCGCUCCGCUUUUCUCGUUUAGCAAACCGUCCGACGCGCAGAUUCCGAAGCCGGCGUUCACGUUCGGAAAACAGGCGACGUCGACGGCUUCGCCGGCCGCCGAAAAGAAAGAGGAGACGCCGAAGACCGUGUUCGGCGCGUUCUCGGGCGGCGAUUCGAAUCCGUUCGCUGCCAAAUCCAAAGGCGCCUCGAUUUUCGACUCGGAAAAUGCGCAAAAAGCGCAGCAAGAGCUCGCUUCGCAGAAAAAAACAAGCAUUUUCGGCGGAAAGAACACGACGCUCAAUUCGACGGUGACGAGCACGAAAGACGAGGAGACGGACGACGGAAAGGACGAGGAGUACGAGCCGGAAGUCGACUUCCAGCCCGUCAUUCCGCUGCCCGAUCUCGUGGAGGUGAAGACGGGCGAGGAAGAUGAGGAGGUUGUGUUCACCGCUCGCUGCAAACUAUUCAAGUUCUAUACCGAGACGCGCGAAAACAAGGAGCGCGGAGUCGGAGAUAUCAAGGUCAGUGCAAAAAUGAACACAUUUUGGCUUAAAGUUGCGUGCUUUUCAUCAACAUGACCCUAAAUUUGCACUUUUUGAAGCAAACAUUUGAGCGUUCAAUUUUCAAACUUUACUCACAAAAACUCUAAACAUUUGCAGAUUCUGAAGAGCAGCGACGAAAAGUACCGUAUUGUGAUGCGUCGUGAACAGGUUCACAAACUGUGCGCCAACUUCCGCAUCGAGCCGACGAUCAAGUUCACGCCGAAGCCGAACAUGCCUCACGUGCUCACCUUCAUUUGCAACGUAAGCUCAUUUUUUCCUAAGUGUUCUGAAAUUUCCCUUAUUUUCAGGACUUCUCCGAAGACCCGACGAACGCUGACACGGCCAUUUUCACGGCGAAAUUCCGCGACGAAACGACGGCGAACGCAUUCAAGGAGGCCGUCGAAGAGGCUCAAUCGCACUUGUAAACGCGUCCGCAGAUUCUCCAUUUUAUCUUUGUUUUAUGUUUUUUUUUUGGUCCCGCCCCCUUCUAAUUCAUUGUUAUCCAUAGUACUGCUGUAAUAGUUGGGCAAUUUUUUUGCGAAAUUUUCUAAAAAUGUCUCCGUUUUCACCCCCAAAACCCUUCCUCCUCCCCACCCAAAAAACCCAUUGUUCUCAUUGGAAAAGCGAGUUUUUUCCCGUUCUUUUUUGUCAAAAAAUUUGCUCUAACCCCACCCAAAUAUAUAUAUGUCUAUCUAUCUAAAAGACCGCCAAAAACUGGUCCGGAUUUAAAUUAAAAUUUUUUUUUUCGCUCCGUCAUCACCAACACAUUUUUUUGUAAUCUAUUAAGACCGCGCCCCUCUCAAAUCGUAACAAUAAAUUGUGAAAGAUUCCCCCCAAAAUCGUAGUUAAAGUAAAUUAAUUUAUAUGGGCCAAAAAGGGAAGAGAUACAGAGAAAUAGCUGUGGGUGAAAAAAAAAGAACGGAUCCCCGGCGCCUGCGAACAGUUCGAUCUUCGGUGGCGGAACUCCGAAAGCCACGUCGCUGUUCGGCAGUGCCUCCACGACCACUCCGUCGUUUUCGUUCAAAACGGCCUCAGCGGCUGGAGCCGCCUCGACGCUACAUCAACAUGACCCUAAAUUUGCACUUUUUGAAGCAAACAUUUGAGCGUUCAAUUUUCAAACUUUACUCACAAAAACUCUAAACAUUUGCAGAUUCUGAAGAGCAGCGACGAAAAGUACCGUAUUGUGAUGCGUCGUGAACAGGUUCACAAACUGUGCGCCAACUUCCGCAUCGAGCCGACGAUCAAGUUCACGCCGAAGCCGAACAUGCCUCACGUGCUCACCUUCAUUUGCAACGUAAGCUCAUUUUUUCCUAAGUGUUCUGAAAUUUCCCUUAUUUUCAGGACUUCUCCGAAGACCCGACGAACGCUGACACGGCCAUUUUCACGGCGAAAUUCCGCGACGAAACGACGGCGAACGCAUUCAAGGAGGCCGUCGAAGAGGCUCAAUCGCACUUGUAA